AUGGUUCUUCAGUAUCCAUCAGUAGCGCUCUUUUUAGCGCUAUUAAUUGAUGUUUCUUUCGCUAAUGACAGGAAUUCCAUGGCUACUAUAACAAAGAGGGGCAAUCUUCCGUCUUAUCAGCCAACCGCUAGUAGUUCAAGUUCAAGUUCACAUUCGUCAUAUCAUGCUACUUUCACACCUGUGGUACCUGGUGCAUCCGGUAACAAAUACAUCUAUCAUGAUUCCCAAAAGGGUGGAACAGUUUUCAUUGCUGUUGGUAGCUGUAUUGGAUUCAUAAUACUUGCCUCAUUUGGGAUCUGGUUAUUCUUUGCCAUUAGAGCAUGGAAAAGUGCGAGACAAGAGUAUAAACUUAAAGAACUGGAAAACAGAUACCAAUACGAUCCCUUUUUCUUUGCUGGAGCACCUGAACCUUAUGAUAAUUCAACAGAUUUUAGUGAUACUGAUGAUGGUAGUGACAUUUCAGAAAAAGUUUUCAAGACAAAGGCAUCAAGGGUAAGUAUGUAUAGUCUAGGAUCGAACUCAGCCCUGAACCUAUUAAAUCAAGCUCAACCUCCGCAUGCAUCUGAUGCUAUUGUUGAUCCCAAUGCUGCCUUUGCCAAUGCAAGUAAUAUGUUCCUUUCGCCAACUGAGAUAUUGAAAAGUCAGAAUAAUAAUAAAACUACGUGGAAUUUAGCACAACCAACACAAUUAGGUCUCGAUAGUAGUGAGCCAAAUUCAAACACAUCAACGCCGAGAGAACAAACAUUUACACAGAUAAUAGGUCACCAAUCAACUUACAGUUUGCCACCAAUGAUGAGAAAUAACUACAUGAAUAACACUCAUUCAAGUUUGGCUUCGAUUUCACCAUAUGCGAAUAUGCCAGAUAUUAAUGGUAAUAAUAGUAAUAACAAUCCCCCACCUAGAAGGACUAAAGGUAAAGAUUACAGACCGCCAAGUAUGCAGUUAGACACACUUUUGAAUCACAAUGUAUGA